GUAAUCACAAGCCAGGAACGCCCAUGAGCGACAAGCGCCUGUGUCGUCCGUGUAACUGUAAGGUUGGACCUCCCCCUUUCGGCAGCGCCUGCAUUCGAGGAGGAACUGAAGGGACCCUGUCAGCAUCCUGUCACAAGAGCUCUGUCAGAAGGUGAACCGCUGCAACAACAAGCCGCCGCUCGGUACCAGGCAAGGGACGCACACACCUCUCUCACAGAAUGUCUGACUCCCUGGUGGUGUGCGAUGUGGACGAGAGUCUGAAAGAGAAACUGAAAAAGUUCCGUUUCCGCAAAGAGACCAACAACGCCGCUAUCCUGAUGAAAAUUGACAAGGAUAAACAGCUUGUGAUCCUGGAAGAAGAAUAUGAAGACAUCUCACUGGAUGACCUGAAAAAUGAACUCCCAGAGCGGCAGCCAAGGUUCAUCGUCUACAGCUACAAGUACAGCCAUGCAGACGGAAGAGUAUCCUACCCUCUGUGCUUCAUCUUCUCCAGUCCUGUCGGGUGCAAGCCAGAGCAGCAGAUGAUGUAUGCCGGCAGCAAGAACCGGCUGGUCCAGGCGGCUGAACUCACCAAGGUGUUUGAGAUCAGGAACGCAGACGACUUGUCAGAGGAAUGGCUGAAGGAGAAACUGGCCUUCUUCCGCUAAAGACGUGGCUGGAGUGACCUUUUUUCGGAAACUGUGAUACAUUUGUGCACUGAAAAUGCAACUAUAAGGACUUUUAAUUAUUACCCAGCACUGCUACACAGUUCAACAUAUUCUAAUGAGCAACGUGGCAUAAGAGCAGUCUCAAAACACGUAUAACUGAAAGUUUAUUUCCCGCCCCAUCUUCUGAUUUCAACCAAUAAAGCGCUUUGUUACACAACUCCAACAGCCAUGUCUAAUGAAAUGCAUG